UAUGGCAGACACUUUCUAUACUUGUAUUUAUUUAUUUUUUAUUUCACCUUUAUUUAACCAGGUACUUAAUUGAAGUGCAUUUCAUUUUCUGACAAACGAACACCAAACAACAAUGGCAUUGCGAGUUUAUCACUUCAUAUUCAAUCAGGUGAGGAACACAUUGUUGAUUUACUUUUGUCUUCUUGUGCAAGUUGUCCACAGUCUUUUCACAACUUUCUAGAUUUUCUGACAAACUCAGCCUUUCUGUGUUUCUUUUUUCAGAGUUUAGCUUUACUGGAAAUGGGAGGUAGCUACAUUGUUGAAUUGUGAAAGUGCUUUCAUAUACCUUUAAUGUGAGUACUUUCACCUCUUUGUUUUGUAUUUGCUGUUAAUUUCAGCAGAGUGAGAUCCCUGUGUGGAUGAAGACAACCCCAACCUGCCUCUGAGGCCAGGGGACCAUCUACCAUUCUCUCCACACCAUCUGUCUCUUAGAACAUGAACUCUCACUACUUUUACACAUCACCUCGACCUGCACCUACACACCACUUUUACAGAUCUAUGUAUCCCACCGUCAUCACCCCACCGAUGCAGUGGCCCAACAUCUACAGUCUCUACCCUCCAUUUAUCCCCAUCCAGUAUCAAUUCCCCUUAAACUUGCUCUCCAGGAGCACUAGGGGAUUCCAGGGAUCUGAUCCCAGUGCGUUCCACCACUAUCAUCAACCUUCUCCUCUGCCCUGGUGUAACUAUAGACUUAUGUCUAACCCUUACUGGAACUACCACCAGCACCUGUAUGCCAAUCUUUCUGCUCCAGUGGCUCCUGUGGCCCCUACUCUAACCAGGCCCCAGAGGUUCCAGAACCAGGGAGGGACCUGGCCCGAGGGCUUCACCCUGAGAGGAGAGCUUCGCUGGGGCAGGCUGGAGAGGGUGUAUGGCCCCCGCAGGGAGCUGCCUGAGUUUGUGAGGGAGGACCUGCGGAGAGUGUACGGUACCUAUCCCCGGACGGAUGUUAGUAUCACCUACCAGGGAGGGGAGUACAUGGUGCGAGGGGACACCCAUGUUGGGGAACAAGAGUACAGAGUGGAGAGGAGGAUAGUGAGGCAGCAGGAGAGUCCUGAGGGGGAUAGCAUGAGUGAGGUAGUAGAGAAGAGGAGGAGAAAGAUGAGAUGAUUGUAAUGGAGGUAUGGCUAAUAACUUAGUUGACAUAUGAAAAUGUAUUUACAUAAUGUGAUAAUUUUUCCCAUAAGCAUUGAACAAAAGUAUAACUGUUAUAUAGUAGUCGCUGUAUAUUAGUAAAUGUUAAUAGUAGAAAUGCUAUUGAUAAAUAUUCUACAUCAAAUUUGAUUUGUCACAUGCUGAAUACAACAGGUGUAGACCUUACAGUGAAAUGCUUACUUACAAGCCCUUAACCAACAAUGCAGUUUUAAGAAAAUACAACAACAACAAAAAGUAAGAGAUAAGAAACACAUAAUUAAAGCGCAAACUCCAGAUAAGUAGCAUUUGACUGCUUUGUAUUAAACGUAUUUGUUAAUAUUCUCCAUCUCAUUAUAUGGAGCUACCUCAGGCAACUACAAUGCUGGAGUCAUUCUGGUCUAGUAUUUUCAUUAGGUGGUGUGCUACCGUGUACUACUGUCACGUCCUGACCAGUAAUAAGAUUAUUUGCUAUUGUAUUUUGGUCAGGACGUGGCAGAGGGUAUUUUGUUUAUGUGUGUCGGGGUGAUGGUUUAUGUAGUGGGGUGUUUGAUUG